UUGCGCUGGAGUCGUUAGGAUCUUCGGUUGCAAAAUUCACAUCUAGUAUGAGGGAUUAUGUAGAGAAGCUGAUGAAGGACAGUGCAGACCUUUUGGUUUCGACUGAGCGUCUGCGGUCACCAGAAACAAGAGCGGAGAUCUGGGAAUCUGAGAGUGACCGAGCAGCUGAGAUGGUGGCUUCGCUGAAAGCAGAAGUGUCGGCAAUCAACACAGUGCUCGAAGAGACUCGUUGGAGGAUGUGGAAUUCUAUGAGCACGGAGGAACUGAAGGGGCAUAUGGAGAAGUGGUUGCAAGAGAAUGAUAGGCGUUUGGAUGAACUCGAAGGCUACUUGCAGCGAUUUGGAUACCAGCGAGCAGAGACGGUUGUAGACGAAGUGGGAAGGGUCAGGAGCCAGCUAAGUAUAGUGGAAGAGAGGAGAAAUGUUGGACCUGUGGAGGAAGGAGGAGAUAAGGGCAGUCAGUUGAGUGUGGCAACCGAAGAAGGGCAAACGAGAAAUGGAGAAAUGGAGAAGGGUACAGAGGCUGCUGCCGAAAGCGCCAAAAGCAGCAGAUCGCUAUCUGAAAACCAGACGGUACAUGCUGGAAACUUAGGGACAGGAGAAAAGAGAAUAGUCGCACCUGGACGCGCCGAGUCUGGUAUCACUCAAAAUGAUGAUGUUGUAGCAGUUCGAAGUGCGACCUGCUCUCUGAGAAUUGCCCCAAGCAAGCAACUGCCACCAUCGUCAGCACACCAUGAUUCCAGAAUGCAUUCGAAUACAGGGAACAUGGAUGGGUGCGACAGUCGUCAUCUUCGAGAGCUAACGACGCCUGCUCCCAAGGCAUCUGACCCUUUCAGCGUUGCGUCUACUGAAAGAGGCAGGGGGGGUGGUGCUGCUGGCCUCCACAGAAGUCAUGAAGAAUGGAUGAGAGGGAAGGUGAAGUCUGUGCAGUUGGAACCAGCAACUCGUCUCUACAGUGGGAUCUCCCAGCAACCUUUGUUGCCAAUGUCACCGCCACAAAGUUCACCUGAUAUCACGCUCGAUUGCUUAUCGGCCGAUUUUCUUGCAGCAAUACGAGCCGCGUCGUCGCGGCGUCAAGUGGAAUCAACAGGUCCCUGUGACCCUGAGGAUCCCACAGGAAAGCGUCUGAAUUCUUGUGCCGCUGAACUGGCGUCUACAGACAAACAAGAUGCCGUGUCAGCGGCGGAGGGCUUACCUGCAAGUUCUCUUGUGGCUGUAAUAACAUCAAGUCCAACUGAUGGAGGGAGGCAGGCAGCUCCUGCAGAUAGCACAGCAAAGCACCCUGAACCUGAGAGUAAUACCAAAGGAAAUCUGCGAAGCUCAAUGAUUCCACUGAUUGGAGAUGUGAGCGAGGAGGAGUUUCUCGAGGUUCCACAAUAUUUACGCUUUCGGUUUGACAACUUUCAGGACUUGAACAAAGCAAUUGGGAAAAUCAACGGCUGUUUGACCAACAAAUGGUUUGGCAUGGGAGAAGAUGAUGUCCAUCAGAUCGACUGCAAUGUGAGGGAUUGCAUCACACAGAAGGAAAUAGCAUCGCUGGGCCUUGGGGCAAAGGAGAAGCCGGUAAUGGUGCUCCUGAUGAAACUGAACCGUCUUGUGGUUGAGCAUCGCAGUGGAGUUGUGGUGUACAGUGUCUGCUGCUCAGAAAACCAGAACACAGUUUAGGGCAUCCUCGCACCAUCACGUUCCUAAUUUUAUCCGAUUCC